ACAGGGCGCACGGAGCCAGCAGCAUGGCCAGCCCUGGCACAAAGGCGUCGUGGCUCUCGCAGCCGAGCGUGAAGAGCGUGCUGGUGUAUCGCAACGGGGACCCCUUCUUCCCGGGGCGCCGCAUUGUCAUCCACGAGAAAAAAGUGUCCAACUUCGAUGUGUUCCUGAAAGAGGUGACGGGCGGGGUGCAGGCGCCCUUUGGAGCGGUGCGGAACAUCUAUACCCCCCGGGGUGGGCAUCGUGUCCGGCAGCUGGACGAGCUCCAGAGCGGGGAGCAGUACGUGGCUGGUGGCAGGGAGGCCUUCAAGAAGCUCAACUAUUUGGACAUUGGAGAAACAAAGAAAAAGCCUGCUGAAGUCAAUAAUGAGUCAACACUGGAAGAUGUCAAGCCAGUUACUCACAGUAGGAUCACUGUGUCAGCACGGUUUCGAAAGCCUCUCCAGGAGCCCUACACUAUUUUCCUGAUUGCUAAUGGAGACCUUAUUAGCCCUGCAGUGCGCCUCCUCAUUCCCAGGAAAACACUGAAUCACUGGGACCAUAUUCUUGAAAUGGCAACAGGAAAAGUUACUCUCAGAAGUGGAGCUGUUCACAGACUCUACACUGUAGAUGGAAAACUUGUUCAGAAUGGGUCAGACUUGGAGAAUGGGCAAAUUUAUGUUGCAGUGGGUAGAGAAAAGUUUAAGAAAUUGCCAUAUGGUGAUCUGCUGUCCAAAGCUACAAUGAGAAGGCCACAGGGUUCCAAAACCUCUGUACUACCUCCAGUUGUGGGAUCUCGAAAGUCUAAAGGCAGCGGAAAUGGUGGGCAGUCUAAGUCUACAAUUGGAUCUGGUGACCAGGGAGAAAACAGUUCCUCGCCUCAGCUUCCCAAAAGGAAAGACAAAAAAAGCCAGAAUCCAGAGAAUUCUGUGUUCAGACGACACUUUUCUAACCAUUCUACAAAAGUAAAACAGACAGUAAAAGCUUCCCCAGGAAUCCUUCAGGAUAAUGGUGAAGAUAUUUACAAAGCCAGAGAAGAGGGGUCUGAAAUGUGGGGGGCAAUUGAAGUGCAAGAAGAUGAAGAUACUCUUGUGGAAGUUCCACUGGACCAGAGACCAGCAGAAACUGUAGAUGAAGAAGAAAAUGUAGAAGAGGAAGAUGACAGGGGAGAGGAGGGAUAUGAAGGAGAAUAUCCAGAAAUGAAUGGAGAGGAAAGUGGGGAAACUGUUAAAGAAAAAAUUGAAGUGGAAAAAAAUGAAAAUAAAUUAAAUGAAAAUUAUGAAGAUGAGGCAAGAGAAACAGAGAAUGUUGACCAAGGAGAGGAAAAGGAACUUAUCCAUUUAAAUGGCAAAAACAAUGAAGGAAAUGGUGAGGGAAUGGAGCAUUUGAACUACCAAGGUGAUCUUCAGCCUGAAGAAGAAAUAAAAGAGGAUUCUGGUAGUCAGAACCAGGUUGAUCCUGGUCUUGAAAAAGCAUCCACAAGUCCAAGGGUGACAAUCACCAGCCCACAAGAAAGUGAAAAGAACGACCAGAGCAAUGACUGUGCAGCAGUUGCAUAAAGAAGAAAAACAUCAUGAGCAGAAAAUGAAAAAGGACAACACUUUAAAUAUAAAGCAUGUAAUUUUUUGUGAUUGCUAAGGAAGGAGGGUUGAGUAAUGAGUGGAGAGAUGAUGAUGCUCUAUGGACUGAUGAAAAACAAGCAUUUAUAUCUACUAGAAGAACAUAGAAUUAUUUUUACAGGGUGAGAUUUUCUGAUAGGAUUAAGGCGGGGGGGAAAUACAAGAGAACUUUAUAGUAGUAUUAGAAAUAAAUGAACUAUUCUGUGGUAUCAGAUAGUUAGCAGCAAUAGACAAACCACAAAAAUUACACUGUUCCAGGGAAAGGAAAAGAGACCCACCCAGAUUCAAUGUCAAAACUUCUUUGUCAAUUUGUUCAUGAAAAGAAACUAUUUUUCACCUUUUAACUAAGACGUGUAUUUUUUCCUCUAAAAUUCCACAUGAUAGGUAUAAUUUCCAGGUAUAACAUUAGGAUAGAACUAGAAUAUGUUCCGCACCUAAUGGAUUUAUGCUCACAGAAAAUGGUUUACUAUAGAGAGGGACCAGUUCAAUGUUACUAAAUAGUCUAUUUUCAGUGCAUUAAUUAGAAUUAUUACGUUUUGCAUGCAUAAACAGCACUUAUUUAGCACUAUGAAUACAUGUGGACAGCUUGCAAUACUGCAGCUUGUUUCCAUUUAAAACAGAAAAUUUUGUUGAUUAUCCUGCACUGAUUCACUAAUAGUGAAUUAUUGUCAUCAUGAACAAAAAACGAAGAGUACAUAGUAUAUUAGUUUUAAAUUUUGAAUUUGGAUGGAUUUGUAAUUCAGUGAAAGAGAAGCUUAAUUUCUUAAUGAAAUAAAAAAAAAAAAGAAAAAAACCACAUGCCUAGAUUUGGACUGAAAUUUCCAUGAAACCAUUGCUGUUGUUGGAGCCAUUUUAAUAUGUGAGACAUCAGG